AUGUAUCCUAAGUCUAUCCAAGAUAUUGCUGGUUGGAAUAUCAAGUAUAUAGGCACCAGACAAACCUCCAUUAUCGUCGCUGCUGAUGAAAGCGUUAUUGUAUGGGGAGCCUCAGCUUGCUAUGGGAAACUCGGCAUGAGAGAUAUGCAGAUGACGAGUACUACACCAAAAGAAGUCAACAAACUGUCUAGUGCAAAAGUAACGAGCCUCACCAUGGGCAUCUGUUUCACCCUGUUCGUCACAUCAGACGAAACCAGCGAACAAAAACAAAAAUUGAAAGCGGUAAAAAAAUAUGCACCUUAG